UCUCACAUGGUUAGUCAGUUUCAUGUGACAGAUCGCGAGUCCCAGCCCAAUUAGCAGAAAGGGUGACUGGACGAGCAAGUUUUAAUAUGCAACUCGGAACUGACAUGUAUGCAAAGCACCGCUUGUUCUUUAUUUCCCGCACACUUCAAGAAAGUACCCUCUUCUGCAAAAUCAUUGAAAAGACACCAAAGCAAGCAUGAUGCCUAUGUAUUUCUUCGCAUCUGAUCAGGUGGUACUAUUAUUUGACUUCUGGAAUAUUCACUCUGUAGCAGGAAUGGUGCUGACAGUGGUGAUUGUUCUGCUUAUGACAGUCUUAUAUGAAAUGCUAAAAGUGGAAACAGUGAAACUGGACAAGAAAAUAUUGGAUCUGAUGGCAUCACCACCUAACCCUCAAGAUGAAACAGCAGAGACGCUACCUAUAAAUCCAAACUCUCAGAAAACCUCCUGUAAAAGGCUAUGUUCUUUAACCCGCGACUGCACAACCAAAGGGCUCUUCUGGAGCAAUGGUAGUAUCCCUGCUUCUGGGCUAGAAGACAUGGCUUCAGGUCCCACCUGCUUUAGAGAUGUGUCAUAGCACAUGUGUCAAGCAGGAAUAUUUUCAGUACAAUGUGUGUUUUCAUUUGAAAGAAAAAAUUUAGGAAAAUGCUGCAUUGUUUUCAUUGUGGUGAGAUAAUUUACACUAAUUGUAAAUAGCAAUGGAAAAAGACCAACAUUUUUUCAUGGAUAAUGUACUUUUUAAUUGUUUUGUGACAUUGUAUUGAAAAGAAAUGUUGCAUUAGAAGAAAGGAAGUGGUAUGAUUUAAAAAUGCAUGAAUUCAAUGUUUAAAAAGGUAAGUGGAAGCAGCACAAAUCCUUUUGCUAACAGUCUUGCCAAAAAAAUCUAUAUUUUGAAAGAUGUAACGAUGAACCAUUUGUUCCUAUGCAAGUGUGGUGGAAACUAGGCUUGAUCAAGUAGGGCUUCAACUGCCAUAGUCAUUAACAGAAAAACUACAUAUAAAUGUAUUUGGCUUUUCAAGGUCAAGUUUAAAUGCAUCAACCUUAAUAUAAAUUAUCAGUAAACACAUCAGAGUCCUUUUUAAAAACGAAACCCAGUGCCUUAGUGCUUUUUCUGAAGCCAGCAAUUAAAAAUUGGCUCCAUUCUGCAAAUGUGUUUUGCUCGUGAUUAAUCUUUAUUUAACCAGUGUACCUAGAUCAAGGACAAAACAUUGGGCAGAACUACUUGGGUCGCAGUUUGCGCAAUUGUAUUGUAUGUAUUUUAUCCACUGUGCCAUGAAAUCAUGAAUGUCAAAUUAAGUGGAAUAUUGCUAUCUUAAACAAAUACAACUAUUUUACCAAAGAACCGUCAUGCAGCUACCUUUUUAUGUAGAAUAAAGGUUCAGAACUACAGGCAGUCGAGUACUCAAAUGGUUACAUAUGGAAUAAUUGGCCCAAGUGCAAAGAUGACUGUUAUGGUGGCUACCUACACAUGCUAAUAGGCCAGAAGCAGGGCAAAAUAUUGUACAGGUUUUCUGGUAUAAUACGCGUUUCGUUAAUUCGAAUUGGCUAUAACACUAUUGAUGAAUUAGAGUCAUAGAGAUGUACAGCAUGGAAACAGACCCUUGGUCCAA